AUGGAUGAUUUUUCACAGUCGGAAAUAAUGGUACAGCUGCGUUCCUCAAUGAAAGUCCUUGACUCUCUCCGAAACGAGCACAAGACUACACUGAGAGAGUUGCUGAAGGUGGGUGAAACGAACGGCCAGCCAAAAUCGCCUAAAGCUGAGUCAUUAGAAUUCUUCAUAGAUAAGAUAGAACGAGCAAUGGGUGACGGAGAUGAGCUCCUUACAGUUUCUGACUAUCUCCAAAUUUCCGAAGCCGAGAAACAGAGAUUAAAAGCUCAAAGCAGACGUCUCUUGCAUGAAAAUAGGUGGUUAAGGGAGGAACUUGCAAGUCUACAAGCUCAAUAUCGCCAAAGUCAGGUGAAGGUAGUUGCUCUGGAAGAAGAGAUUAAUAAUCUUAAAUUUGCCAAUGAAAUGGCAAAAUACGAUGCGCCUGACCAGAGUGGUCUUCCUGGUGGUGAUGCUGGCGGCAAAGAUAUCAAGUCUGGCGAUGUCCAGGAUAAGGAUGAAAGUGACCAGGAUGUUAUGUCGUCUAGUCAAACAACAGUACUGUCGCAGAUCAUCAACAACUACGAGAUUCCCGCUAGACUACGUACAUUGCACAACCUGGUUAUUCAGUACGCCAGCGAAGGCCGUUAUGAAGUCGCAGUUCCUCUUUGUAAACAGGCCCUGGAAGACCUGGAGAGGACCAGUGGACGUGAUCAUCCGGAUGUGGCCACUAUGCUCAACAUUCUUGCGCUGGUUUACAGGGACCAGAACAAAUAUAAAGAAGCAGCGCACCUUCUCAAUGAGGCUCUGGUUAUUCGCGAGAGGCAUCUAGGUCCAGAUCAUCCUGCCGUUGCUGCCACUCUAAACAACCUUGCUGUCCUUUACGGAAAACGCGGAAAGUACAUGGAGGCCGAGCCUCUCUGUAAACGAGCUCUGGAGAUAAGGGAAAAGGUCCUGGGAUCAGAUCACCCCGACGUUGCCAAACAACUAAAUAACUUGGCUCUUUUAUGCCAGAACCAAGGCAAGUAUGCAGAGGGUCUUCAAGACUCUCACUACUAUGGUGAGACUGUUCGUUCAGCGGCAGUGCAUGAGAUUGCUCCAGACCCUUACCAUCUCCUCCCCUCAUCGUCUAGUUGUUUUACUUGUUCUCUUCAUCCCUCUUUUCGCAUGCCUGGUGUUGUAACCGAAUUCGCCGCUGAAUUGCCUGUGGAACGCUACUACCAACGCGCCCUCAAUAUUUACACUGUCUGCCUCGGUCCUAAUGAUCCCAAUGUCACCAAAACGAAAACCAAUUUGGCCUCGGCCUACCUGAAGCAGGCCAAAUACGCGGAGGCUGAGGCGCUGUACAAGGACAUUCUUACCCGCGCUCAUGAACUGGAGUACGGCAAGCUCACAAAUGAGAAUAAGCCCAUUUGGAUGUUAGCGGAGGACAGGCAAAACGGCAAGUGGGACCCCUCCCUCGCUAGUCAAGCCAUGGCCCAACGCACCGCCCUCAUGGAAAACCCCACAGUGGCUACCACGCUGCGAAAUCUGGGCGCCUUAUAUCGCCGCUCAGGCAAAUUUGAUGCCGCCGAAGUCAUCGAGGAGUGCGCUGGUCGCCCCGGCAAGGCGGCUGAGGUUGUUAGGCCUUUUGCCUUUUCAUUUGUAUUGAUGCAUUAA